CUACCCUUGUGAUUCAACGAACAUUCGCAAAGUAACAAUCAAACAAUUUCAACAUGUAUUUCAUAAAAAUCAAUCACGAUAACAAUUAUGAACAGAAUUUCAAACCUAAAUGCAUAUCCUAGUGUUAGAUGUCCACAUACGCACCUCGAUUCGUUUUGAUUCAAUUAAAGAGAACCUUGUUCAAACAGAGUGUCAACGGGGGUUUGCAUCGUAGCUACCCAAGUCCGUCAUUAGAUCCCAGAAGUCAUGGGGUUAGGUCUGCCACCUUCAAUUCUGCCCGGAUGUUAAUGGUGAUCUCCAUCGCUGCUGAAGGUCGCUGGAUUUGAUCUUGGUAGCAGGAGAAAGUUGUUAAAGAGAUGUCAUCACUGCCCUACCUCGCCGCCGCUGACCGCCUUAACCCUAGCCGGAGAAGAGGCUCGCCGCCGGGUGGAAAUCGCUAGCCGCUGCUGGAAUUGCCGGAAUAUAGAGGGAACAGGGUGCCACGGUCGGAAUCGCCAUCACUAGCUGAAGUCGCUAGCCUGGUCGCCGCUAUGGGAUAGGUUGCUGGUCGCCGUUGCAGCAUCGUGAUCGGGAGAUCUGUUGUCCUCCCUGCGGUUGUGUCGCUAGAUCAAAGAAGGAGGUCAGGCGGCGGUGACGGAUCAAGGAAGACGAGGAACGAAGUUUGGUCGCAGUUCCUGAACGGUUGCGGAUUCUUCGUCCGAUCGAAAGAGGGAGGAGGACGAAGGAGUAUUUGUGUGUUGGUGUCGUGCAGAUGGAUGAAGAAGUUAGUGCGAAGAUAUGCUUCCAUUCCACACCACUUUCUUCAUAAAUAUUACUUGGUUCGUCCCUAAGUGUUUGUCCACUUUUGACUUUUGAAACUGUUCAUCUAAACACUUUGACUCAUCAAAUUCUCUCAAUGUGUAAGCCUAAAAAUAGUCAUGUGUGAUCUUGUUUGAUUCGUCUUAACAUAUAGAUUAUUAAUAUAUAAUUUCUAUAAUUUUUUAAUAUACAAAUUACAAGAUAAAAUGGAUUAAAGAAGUGCAUUGGAUGGAGGCAGAACCACAAAUUAAAGGAAUAAAGCAAAGCGACCGGAUUUAAACAUGAGGAUGAUUGAAACAUCGCAAACAAUCAGAACCUCACCAUCAGGAAUUUGGCUACACAAAACCUUGACCAUCAACCACUCUGCAUUCAUUAUAUCCAACAUUGAAUGCACCCCUAGAGCUUAGGUCAGGUUUGAUACAACUUUUACCAAAUUUUCAUGGAUUACUAGCUAGGAGAGGAUCCACACAAGCAUUUAAAGGAGUUUCGCAGUUGCCGGAAAGGACACAGGCCGGUGCUGCUUUGCAACCAUUUGUCGUCAUCGCUGCUACUCUCGCCGGAAAUCCAAUCACUAUAGAUCGUUGCUGAACCGGAGAGGAAGGCCUGGCGAGCGGCGUGGCGUGUUGGUUGGAACUGUCACGUCGGGGUCUCGCCCUUAUGCCGUUAUGUUUGAUCAGAGCAAAAGGCGAGGGCGGUGGUCUGCGGAUUGGCAACGAUCGAAAGAAGAAGAAGACGCCAAAAGCCUAAUAGAGUUUGCUUCAACACACGACGUACUCUCCGUAACAACAAUUUCAGUACCAAAGAAAAUGGGCCACCCCGUAAACGGAAAGGAGCCCGGAGAAUCUUCCCGCCGGCAAAUCCUCCAUGACGAUGACGUCACGUCUAAACCACGCAGGUCAACCGUCAAGCUCGUCCUCGUAUUGGCCGCCGUCCUCAUUACCGCCUCCGCCGUCUCUGUGGGUGUUCUGGUCGGUACACGUGGCAAGUCCUCCUCCAGGAACAGAGUAACCUCCAAGCCUAGCCGAGCCAUGUCCCGAACCUGCAGCAAGACUCUGUACCCGAGCCUCUGCCUCCGCUCGUUCCUCGACUUCCCCGGCUCCACCGCCGCGUCGGAGGCGGAAUUGGUCCACAUUUCCGUGAACGUAUCUCUCCGGCAGGCCGCGGCGGCGGUCAACGCGAUCAACGACGUCAACAAUCUUGAGAUGGACACUCUGGUCCGGUCCGCUUACGAGGAUUGUCUCGAGCUGCUCGACGACUCGGUUGACCUCCUUGACCGCUCCCUGAACGCCCUCCGAUCCGGAGGAAGCUCCCCGGACGAUGUUGCCACGUGGCUGAGCGCCGCUCUCACCAAUCACGACACGUGUUCGGAGGGAUUCUCGGGCGUCAAUAACGGGACGGUGAAGGACAGCGUGGCGGAGAGGUUGAAGGACAUGACGGAGCUGGUGAGCAACUCACUGGCGAUCUUCGCCUCCACGGACGGCGGCGAUGAGUUCGCCGGCGUGCCAAUAGGGAAUCGCCGCCGGCGCAAACUCUUGGAGAAGGGGGAGUUCCCGGAAUGGUUGUCGGAGAGUGAUCGGAAAUUGCUUAGCAUGCCCGGGUCUCCUAUUCGAGCAGAUAUAAUUGUGGCUAAGGACGGAAGCGGGACGGUGAAGACGAUCGGGGAAGCCAUAAAGAAGGUGCCGGAGCACAGCACUCGCCGGACCAUUAUUUACAUUAAGGAAGGAGUGUACGAAGAGCACAAUACUCUGAAAAUUGGGAAGAAGAAAACAAACGUGAUGUUAGUUGGAGAUGGGAAGGGCAAGACGGUCAUUUCGGGCAGCAAAAGUGUUGCUCAACAGCUCACCACCUUCCACACCGCGUCUUUUGCUGCAACUGGGCGUGGAUUCAUAGCUAAAGACAUCACAUUCCAAAACACGGCGGGUCCGGUGAAGCAUCAAGCGGUGGCCCUCCGAAUUGGAGCUGACCACGCCGUAGUUUACCGUUGCCAAAUCAUUGGGUACCAGGACACCCUCUACGUCCACUCCCAGCGCCAGUUCUACCGGGAAUGCGACAUAUACGGCACUGUGGAUUUCAUCUUUGGCAACGCCGCGGUUGUCAUCCAGAAAUGCAACAUUUACGCCAGAAAGCCCUUGCCAGACCAGAAGAACACCAUCACGGCCCAAAACCGAAAAGACCCGAACCAGAUCACCGGGAUAUCCAUCCACGCCAGUAAUAUUCUGGCAACCCCAGACCUCGAGGCGUCCAAGGGCACCUUCCCUACGUUUUUAGGGCGACCCUGGAAGAUGUACUCGAGGACUGUGUACAUGUUGUGUUACAUGGGGGACCAUGUUGACCCUAGGGGGUGGCUUGAGUGGAGUGGGGAUUUUGCACUUUCCACAUUGUACUAUGGAGAGUACAUGAACCAUGGGCCGGGUGCCGGUUUAGCCCGGCGAGUGACUUGGCCAGGUUAUCGAGUCAUCAAGCUGGAGGCAGAAGCAAGUAGGUUCACUGUUUCUCACCUAAUCUCGGGCUCGUCUUGGUUGCCGUCUACAGGAGUGGCUUUUUUGUCUGGACUUGAUACAUGAUGACCAUAUAUAUUUAUAUAUAUCCUCUGCGCAUACAUACAU